AUGCUCGCCCCCUCCCCAGCCCUCACCUUUGCCCUCCGCGGAACACAAGCCCUCUUCGCCCUCGUGGUGUUUGGGCUCUCCACCUCACUGAUCAGGGGUCAUCAUUUAGGCAGUCUGUCGUCCACACUCGGGUUCGCUGCGUUUGCGGGCGGGCUGUCGUUCGUGGGGGCGGUGCUGGGUGUUGCGGGGCAGUGGACGGCGGUGCUGCAGGGGCAGAUUGGGGUGUUGGUUGAUGCGGUGGUCGCUGGGAUUAACAUCGCUGGUGGGAUUCUCAUGGCGGUUAAGCUCAAAGGCGUCAAGUGCGUGGCUAUCUCACAGAGAGACGCGAGUGGUGACUGGGGUAAACACACGAACGCGUACAAGCUGGUCACGAGCGAUAUCAUAUGUGGAGGUGCUAGGAAACAGAACGACGAUCUUGAGUGCUGGUGGUACGGUAAAGGGGGUAUGCUGGUCAGUCGGUGCAAGAUGAGCCAGGCGGAUUCGGCAUUUAUGUUUUUGACAGCGAUUGUGGUGGCUGCAGCGGCAGUGAUCGGGUUCUUGAGGUUGAAGAAAGGAUACUGA